GCCCUAAAGAGGAAGCACGUGCUGCCUAAAGUAAGGGCACCGCUCUCGUGCAGAGUUGCAGGCGCCCCGCAGCCCCUCUCGGGUCGGCGCUUCAAAAAAAACAACAAAAAAAAACACGAGCCCCGCAAAGCAAAGCGACCGGACGAUGCACGGACAGCCCUGUCUGCCUGCAGCAGAGCGGAGGUAAUCUGCGGUGAUCCGCUUUGCUCGCUGUCUCUGGCGGUGGGAAGCUUUAACAGCGUCCCCGGAUUUGGAGUGUCAUGGCUGCCGUCCGCUGUUGACUAAACUAGCAGAAGUAGGCUGCAGUGUGAGGAGCGGGAGGAGGAGGUAACAGCGCCGAGUCCGCUUCAAACUCAAGUUUUCAGCUCCACUUUCGCUCGGACUUAUCCGUCAGGUGCAGGCGGAGAGGGGUCUGUAAAUUAAAAAUGGAGGUGGAACAUGCCAACCCAAGCACCUAUCAUGAUGAUGCUGACCAGACUGGUGAUGAUGACAGAGGCAACUGGCACAGAAGACUGCGACUCAGGAAAUCCUCAGCUUCAUCUCUUACUGUGAAGAACCCAACUGAGGAGGAGAGGGUAAUUCCAGAACCUCCUAAGGAACUACCCAGUGAGCCACCUCAAAAUGAAGACCUGCCUCACAAAACUCUGAACAGUUCCAGUGGCAAGCUUACAUUUACCUGCUCUAAUUGCAAGGACGGCACAGCGUUCAGCCCUCAGGGUUUGUUAGACCACUUCACUGUCUUUCAUGGAGGAAAAGGAGACCCGCCCACAUUUCAGUGUGAUAUGUGCAAGUUUGCCACCCCUGAGUUCACUGUCCUCCAGCAGCAUCGCUUAAAGCACAGACAGUGCAAGCUCACGUGUGAAAUUUGUAAUGACAGUGUUUUACAGACUUUAUCCCAACUUAAAAAGCACUGUAAAACUCAGCACAGCCUGGAUGGAAAAUACCACUGUGAAAAGUGCAAGUUUUCCGCAAAGGAGUUGAAGAUUUUUGUUUUUCAUUCUUGUCCAGCCAGCACUGAAUCACCAGUAGAUAGCACUGAAAAUAAUUCAGAUAUUAGGCAUAUGAAUGGUGAACUGAACAGGAAUCAUGUGGCUGCUGCUGGUUGGACGCCUCAGAAAGAGGAGCUCCUAAAGCACAAGGCUGCAGACUGCUGUCAGGGGUGGAGAAAUAAAACCUGGAGGAGGAAGAAAGAGGUUCCUUCAGAACAUGACAGUGUCAGCACACCAGACUUGCUCCCAAAACCACCUGAAACUCAGUGGAAUUCCUCAGAAUUUCUGCAUUUCUCAGCUUCAGGUUUUCUUGAUGAAAACGAUGUACUGUUAAAUCCUGCCAAGACCUUAGAAGAGACCCAGCAGUUUCUGGAGAGGACGGUAAACAGAGGGAAAAAAUGGGCUGUGCCUUUAAAAGGUGAUCCAGAGAUUGCACCCCAGUCUUAUACCCUUGGACCCUUGCCGCCACAACCAAAAACAAUAGCAACGAAGCAAUAUAGUAUACCAGUCCCUGGACUUAAGAAUUAUGUGAAGAAUAAGCUAUCUGGUUUAAUGGAAAAGAAUAAUAUCUCAGUUCCUCCUGAUUGCACUACAAAAGUGGUUGGAUUCAAGAUGGUGGAUGGAAAAAAACAUCUUAUUCUAAGAGUUAUACCAUCCGCCAAGCCAGAUGUCUGUCCAGACACUGGAGAAGUGUCUCCAGGUUUAGAAACAGCUGAAUUCAAUGGUAUAGAAUCAGGUUCUCAGGUUGAAAGACCCGGUGAUCAAACUUGUGCUGAAUUGUCCACUGGAAAGUCCUUUAAUGCUACCUCAAUUUCUGGACAAUCAGAAAUAGUCAAUGAAAAGCAAGUAAUGGAGAAAAAUCCAACUGAAGAUGCGCCUCAGGUAGAUAACACUGAAAAUGACUAUAAUAAUGACAGCUGUGCAUUGACUGAACCUUCUAAUGAACCUCCACAACUUGCUGUCUCAGGAACCAUGGAGGAUUUUAAUGUAGCUAAUCAGAACAACACUGAUCAACAGUUGCUGUCUCCUGAUGUAGUAUCUGACUCUAACAGCACGCAUCAGCUCAGUGACGCUGGUGCAAACGUAGCAGUGGAAGAAAGUUCUCUCAGAGAGGUGGAUAUUCAGACUCUCAACACAAACAAACACAGUGUAGAACACACAAAGACGACACUUACAGACUUUAAGGAGAAAGCACUAGAUGAUUUGAAAGAAAACCGUCCAGAGCUUACCACAAGCCAUAAUGACUCACGUUGUCGUGAAGAUUUUGCUGGCAGUAUUUUAUCUGAUUUAGCCAGUUUGAAAGAGUCCCAGCUGUCAGCCCUGAUCUCUGGGGAAGAUGGAAGCCCUCAUGUGGACUCCAACAAGAAGAAGUCAGGAGAAGAAGCUCAAGUAAUGUCGUCAUCUCUUCUUCUUCACUCGAAUGAGCAGAUCAUGGAAACAGCGCAGUCCAAUGCAAGUGCAAGUCCAUGUUCUCCAGACAACCAAGCCAUUUUUGAACUGAAUAGCAGUAAUCAAGCCUUUGUAUCUUUGCACAAACAUACUACUGAGCCUCUGUUUAAUUCCCCGAGUGAAGAUGUAGGCCUGUUAUUCCAAGACAGUGGUGAUGAGUACACAAACAGUUUGGACUCUAGAGAUGCACCUGUCCCUUUAGAUCAGAGCUGCACAUCUGAAACUGUAGAGGAGCCUAAUUACUUGGCAUUGGCAGUAACAUUACUAGGAGACUCCUGCCAUAAUCCAGACCUGUAUCAGACACUAGAAGAGCUCCCGGUCACCACUGUUAACCAUUUGCUCGAUGAUCCUGAAGUUACGUCCAGAGGUAUUACAAACCAGUUAAGUGGACUAGGUCUUCUGUCUACCCAGCAAGCAGGUCUGCAGUCACCCAAAGCCAUACCAGUAGCUGAGAAGGACUCUACACAGUCUAAUCUGUGCCUAUCACCAGCGAAUGAGCCAGCCAUGAAAAGGAGGAGACAAGGAGAGCCACUCACAAAAGACUUACAGCAGCACAUCCCCAAAGCUAGAAAGCAGAUGGCCCGAAGGUCUCAAGAAAACAACCCACCAGCCUCCAUCCCUUACUGGGAACCAGUUCCUCAAACAGUGGAAAGGACUCUAAGGCUCCUGCCUGUUUAUUCCUCACAGCCUAUAAAAAUCCCACACCUGAACCAGCCUGUUAUAGUUCUCAAUCACCCAGACACUGAUAUUCCAGAAGUGGCCAACAUUAUGAGGAUUGUUAAUAAGCACAGAGGGGCAGUGCAGAAGGUCAUACUGUCUAAAGGAACACUGAAGGCUCUUUCUGAGUUGAACUGUGACACCUUUCGUAAAUCACUGGGAGCUGACUGCCAUUCUUCUCACUGCAGACGAGUGUGGCCACAAGGAACUGUUAGAGAAAGGUUCAUUCUGAAACUAAAGCUGAAAAGGUUAUGCGGCCAUAAGUAUAAGGUUACACCUUCGGCCCCCAAAGCGAACGGGUACCAGUCGACCUUCAGAUGCUGGUUUUGUGGGCGGCUCUUUAGAAACCAAGAAGCGUGGGUAGGUCACGGUCAGAGACAUCUAAUGGAGGCCACUCGAGACUGGAACAAACUAUUCAGCUGUAACGGGCAUCAUAAUAGCCCUAUUGAGCCAUACUUCCAUUAAGCUUUUGUCGUGACACUGACACUGUGAUGCACAGGCAUUACUGGAUGAAAAGGUGGUUUUUCACAGAAGCCUAUUUCGUGGACAGCGCUGGAUUCAGAGGAUGUUGAAUGGGCUGGCAGUCUGAAUUAUGUUCUGAAUUGUGUUUGUGCAGAUCUCAGGGUGUGCAAGAACAGUUGCCUAACAUGCCAUUCAGGGUUUUGAGGUAUAGCUCAGUAUUUAUCAGUGAGACACUCUCAGCAGUGCAUGGUUGAUAAAUCAUCUCAGGGACAGCGGGCCAACUAAAACAGCAUUAUUUAUUAAUUUAUUUAUUUUCUUUUUAGCGACGUCGUCUCACUGUGAAAAGAAAUAUGCAUUAAUUGUAUGAACAGAAGAUUGAAAAGUGUGGUUUGACCAAAAUCUUGGCACUGCUGUAGCAAACCUUUAGCGAUUUAUUAUGAAUGAGGAGAGAAUUUGCCUGUGUUGCUUUGCUCGUAUUUGAAUACCAAAUAGAAUUUAUUUUGUUGAGCUAAAGACGGGACAGUGUGUUUUAUUACUUUAUAAUAUUUUGACCUGCUUCAAUUGUUUCCUUCCUGCAUUGUGUUUUUGUUGGUGGAUUGAAUGAAUGUAUGGCUUAAACUACUGUAGAAAUCCAGCUGAUCAGAACAUUUAUUGCUACAGUACAGCAUUUUCUAAAUGAAUGUACUGACUUUAGACACAUCCCUUAAGCACUUAUUGGUUUUAAAUAUGUUUAAACAUGCUAAUUGUCCGUUUAUUUGCACCAGAAGUACAUUGUAGAGCAUAUAUACACAUUUUUUGCUGUUAGUCAUAUUGGGAUGUUGAACUUAUUUAAAGUUAAUAAUAAUGUAGACCAUUAUAGUUUAUAUACCCGUUACAGCCUCAGCUAGUGACCUGUGUUUUGCUAAAUAGAGCAUAAAUGAUAAAUGUAGUAUAAAUAAAGAAAUACAGUAACAGUUUAUAAGAGUUAAAACUACUGUACUUAAUUUGUAGCGGCAUCAGUAUUAUCAAACAUUGUACUCCAUUCCAAUGACUAUUUUGUGUAAUACUAUUCUAUACUAUAGUUAUCUUUAUUGUUUGCUGUAUUGAGAACUUUUUUAAUGUUUGCAAUUAUUUAAGAUAAAUCAGGCCAAUAGCAAUGAAUAAUUUCUUAUUUUUCACGAUUUUCAUUAUACUGAAAUAUGACAAUUCCAGUACAUUCCAGUGAAUUAACGUCAGAAUUCAGCCAGAUAAUAUAACUGCAAUCAUAAUGUAACUGAAAUGAUUGUUUAUACUACAGGUAUGUUUUCUUCUCUAUUUUUGUCUCUGAAACAAUGUUGUCGUUUCAUUUUCUAAGAUUAAAACACUGGUUAAAAUGCUUGUAA